AUGGGCAAAGCCGGAGCAGACUUCUUCGGAAUGGGUCGCGACGUCCUGAUUACCCUCGAAGAGAGCAUCGGUGGGAUGACCAAGGUGAUCGACGCCGCAACUCGAGAGACGGCAUCGGGCAAGAACCUCACGCACGAGGGUAAAGAGGAUCCUUAUUAG